CUCGUCUGUGUCAGUGAUCGCGUAGUUGCCUCCGUCCUGUCUGUGAUCCCUCUGCCCCACUCAUCCGAUCGAUACACCAGCAAUUAGUCAACUCCAAUUAGUUCCCAUCAAGCCGCCAGUCAGAGGGUCGUCCGUGCGCUGCCUCCUCAUGUGUGAGUAGAAGCCUCAGCCUCCCACUGCAGCCCGAGCUGGUCUCCAACCAUGGACACGAUAGGGGUGUCGUUCCUGGACCCCCUGGACGACUACGAGUUAAUCCACCGGAUCGGCUGCGGCACCUACGGGGAUGUGUUCAAGGCCCGUAACAUCAGGACAUCUGAAGUGGCAGCAAUCAAAAUUGUCAAGCUGGACCCAGGUGAUGACAUCACGUCCAUCCAGCAGGAGAUUACCAUGAUGAAGGAGUGCAAGCACAAAAACAUUGUGUCCUACUUCGGCAGCUACCACAGGAAAACCAAGCUAUGGAUCUGCAUGGAGUACUGUGGAGGAGGGUCCCUUCAGGAUAUUUACCAUGUGACGGGCCCAUUAAAGGAGAAGCAGAUUGCAUACGUGUGCAGAGAAACCCUGCAGGGCUUGUAUCACCUUCAUGAAACUGGCAAAAUGCAUAGAGACAUAAAGGGAGCCAACAUCCUCUUGACAGAGAGGGGAGAUGUGAAACUGGCGGAUUUCGGAGUGGCAGCAGAGAUCAGCGCCUCGGUGGCCAAAAGGAAGUCUUUCAUAGGAACGCCCUACUGGAUGGCUCCAGAGGUGGCUGCAGUGGAAAAGAAGGGCGGCUACAACCACCUGUGCGAUAUCUGGGCUGUUGGAAUCACUGCCAUCGAGCUGGCUGAACUCCAACCGCCCAUGUUUGACCUUCACCCAAUGCGAGCACUGAUGUUGAUGUCCAAGAGCAGCUUCCAGCCUCCAAGACUAAAGGAUAAAUCCAAGUGGUGUGCAGGUUUCCAAAGCUUUGUGAAGAUGGCGCUCAUUAAAAAUCCUCGUAAAAGGCCCUCAGCCGAGACGCUGCUGCAGCAUCCAUUUGUGACACAGCUACUGACCCGUAACCUGGUAAUUGAGCUUCUGGACAUGGCCAACAACCCUGAGCUCCACUCUACCCAAACUCAUAGCAUGGACGACAAUGAACUGGAGAUUGGGGAAAUGGCUCCUGACAAGAUUCAGUCAGCUGGGAAACACUUGCCUGCAGAGAGGACCUUGUCCGAAGAGCAAUUUGACCAAGUAAAGUUUGGACCCCAGCUAAGAAAAGUCACAGAGCCUUAUCCUGAUAUGCAGGGUUCUUAUGAUGAUGACUGGAGUCUGUCUGGAGAGGAAGACAACUCACCGAGCCUGUUGGAAUGUGUGGAGCAAGCUCUGCAGCUGAGAAGUUUAACCAUCAGGAGGGCGCCAUCUACUGACGGAGGUAAGAAGAGUGGUCUGUUCAGUCCGACCACAGCGUCCCUGCCGGCCUUCAGCUCUUUAGCCCCCACCACAGAUGACAGAGACCUGACACUGAGGCCGAGCUGCACACUUGGCCCUGACGCCGCCAUCAUCACUGACCCCCCCUCCACUACAGUCUUGGCUAGGUGCUCAGCCACACAGGACAUCAGACUGCGCUGCAGUGACCCAUGUCUGCCUGAGGGGGACGAUGUAACAGCCGAAAAGAGGAGGGCUACCAGUGUUUCUCCCUCAAGACAAGAGACACCACUGUCACCCGAAUGGAGCACACUAAGGAAAAAAACAGAGAACUCUAGGGCUGAUUGUCAUGGACUUCCUCCUACCCCUCAAGUCCAUAUGGGAGCCUGCUUCUCCAAAGUCUUCAAUGGUUGUCCUCUUCAAAUCAACUGUGCUGUCACCUGGAUUUUACCUAAGACAAGAGAUCAGUACCUUAUUCUCGGGGCAGAGGAAGGCAUCUACACUCUGAACCUCAAUGAACUUCAUGAGGAUACACUAGAGAAGCUUCUGCCUCAGCGCUGCACGUGGCUGUAUGUAAUGAACAAUGUGCUGAUGUCUGUCUCAGGGAAGUCGUCGCAGCUUUAUUCCCACAAUCUGACGGCUCUGUUUGAACAGGGGGGACAUGUGCAGAAGAAACACAGCAGUCUGUCACUCAGCACAAACCGCUUCACUGAGAGGAUCAGCACCAGAAAGUAUGCCAUAUCUGUGAAGAUUCCCGACACUAAAGGCUGUAGGACAUGUAGUGUAGCAAGAAACCCGUACACAGACAGUACGUUUCUGUGUGGGGCUGUUCCGUCUGGCCUGGUUCUGCUGCUGUGGUAUGAGCCUCUCCAGAAGUUCAUGCAUCUAAAGCACAUUGCGAUGAGGCUGCCCGACUCUCUGCCUGUGUUUGAGCUGCUGGUGUUGGUAACGGACGAAUUCCCUCAGCUUUGUGUUGGAGUGAGAGAGUGCAGUAACGGGAAACCCUCGACCAGCCAGCAGCUCCAGUUUGAUAUCAUCGAGCUGAACGGCAACCCGAUUUCAGUACCAGACAGUGGAGCGCUGAGGGCCGAGCAGGUGACCCAACUGGACAGAGACACCGUCCUCAUCGCAGUAGAGAAAACUGUUCGGAUCGUGAACCUGCGAGGUCUUCCAUCCAAGGAGCUGGCUGCUGAAAUGGUCUUUGACUUCCCCAUCGAAACACUAGUCUGCUUACAGGACAGUGUGCUGGCCUUCUGGAAACAUGGCCUCAAAGGGAAGAGCUUUCAUUCCAAUGAGGUGACACAAGAAAUUACAGAUGAGAGCCGAGUCUUCAGAGUUUUGGGAACAAGCAGGGACAUAAUCCUGCAUAGCACACCCACUGAUGACCCGUCAGCACUGAGCAACCUGUACAUCCUCACUGGACAUGAGAGCAGCUACUGAGGGGAGCUGGGUCGUCUUCUACAAAAGAAGCAGAAGCAAGACACCAGCACCAAGUGAUCUCACCAACUCUCUGCUGUGACGGACGAAUAAAUGAGCAUGGGAUGUAUGUUGUCCGCACAGAUUAAAACAAUUUUUUUGUCGGGCAACAAGACUGUAAAAAGACUAAGAGACUUGUCAACAAGCUAAGUGACUUUCUAACUCUUGAGUGUCCUAAUUAAAGCUGAAAAAGCCAAGAUUUUCAUGUUAAAAUAAUCCAUCCUCCCAGCCUUAGUCACAGUGUGGCUGCUACAGGUCCAUUAGUCUCCUGCUGUCUAUCUGGGCCUUAGACCAGAAAAACAUGGACAUAACAUUUGUGACAUCACGCACAAUCUUCUGAACUGAUGUUGAAGCUUUCAUUUGCGUUUGCUUUUCGUCUUUGUCGUCUCCUGGACCCGCCUGAGAGCCACUGAGGAGGUGGGAUAAGUGUGACAGACUGAGACUCCUGUCAAUCAAUUACAUGAAUAAACCGUGAUACCCACAUUAACACACAGUCAUUCAUAUAUUUGCCAGUGGAAGGUCUGAUGGGAAUUUAAAAAAACGUUUCAAGGGAUUUCUGUUGAGUCUGAGAGCAUAUUGACCAUUGCUGAUACUGCAGCUUAAAGCAACAACAUGUACUUUUUCUCAACAGCUUCAACAUGUACAUGGCACAAUGACCUGCAAGGAGAAUUAUAAUUAUUUUAUUCCCAACCCGUUGCUCGGUUUUCUGUUCUUGCUUUAUGUAACAGUUCUGAGCAGGUAGAUAAUCAGAAGCUAGAACUGCCGGAAUCAGGCCCCACAGUAGAUCUGUUAAAAAAACGUAGAAGUCAUUAGAGCUAGGAAUCAUGUCUGAUAUUCAACAAGGAGAAGUUUAAAAUAUCAAGACUUGUAAACAGAGUUCAGCCUUUUUCCGAAGCUUGGGAUCAAAAGGAAUAUCAAUAUAAAAACAGCUUAGACUUAGUGGCCAACAGAAUGAAUAACCACCUGUGCCUAUAGAGAGCGUUGUUGUUCAGCAAAAGUUGCAUAUGUAGCUUUUGCUGAACAUCAGCGUCCUCUUUGUUAGUACAUUGCUUAAAUCAUCUGGACUCGGGCUUCACUAAUCGGCCAUUGGGUUUGCCUUAUAUAUUUUUGUCUUGCAUAUUUUUCUCCACACUGUUUGUAUUCAUGUCUUGUCGGAACUUCCAACUUGUAAAUACUGUUCAUGUCAAAACCCAUGUCAUGAUUAAACCUGGGAAACUCAA